UCCCAUCGCCUCCUAUCCUCCUCCCCUUCUCCUCGCCCCAUCGCUUCACUCCCUCUCUUUGUAUCAAUUAAUCUCCCAGAGGAGAAGAAACCCUAACCGUAGCACCCCAUCUCCAAUGGCGGAUUCCGAUCCAGCACUCUCUCCUCCGGGCGCCGCUGCUGUCUCCUCUCCCUCUAAGACGGAUGAUCUGCAACCAGCGGGAGCAACGGUAGCGGGUUUGGAUAAAUCACAAUCGGACUUAUUGGUUAGACUUCAAGGGUUGAAGCAGGAUUUGCAAAACUGGAGAUCCAAGUUGGACACACAAGUUAGGACAUAUAAGGAUGAGCUCUCAGAGCUUAAGAAGUCACUUAAUACUGAGCUGGAGCAACUGAGAUCAGACUUCCAGGAACUGAGGACCACCCUGCAGAAGCAACAAGAGGAUGUCACUGCUAGUUUAAGGAAUUUUGGGAUGGAGGAUGCACCUGCAAAUUCUGAGGGAAGUGAGAUUCAAGUCCAGGAGGAUAACUCAGAGAAGUCUCAGUCCCCCUCAACGCACAACACAACGGAAAUCAAUUCUUCAGAUGGUCCUGUUGCAGAAUCUUCUCCUUGAUGCAUUGUAAGCAUAUUCAGCAAUGGGAGUAAUAUUAACUGCCGGCGACUGUUAGGUAGCUUGCUCAUGUGUUAAAUCUCUUUGGGAAAGAACUGUGAAACAUCUGUCUGCUUAAAUAUUAUUCUCUAAUUCCUACUGUUGCAUUUCUGAAAAAUGCCUCAUAUUGCAGUAUUGCACCUAGCAUUUGGAGGAUGGGUCAGCAUAUUUCUCAAAUUUUCUUUUUGGUGUGCGCGUGUGUGUGUAUGUAUAUAAUUAUGUAUUUGCUUUCAUACUUAACUAUUUUGAGUUGCU